AAGACAUCGUCGCGCGCAUUGCUCGUUCCGACAUGCAAUAUAGCAAUCACCUAUCAAUGAGCACUUGAUUGGCCUCCAUUAAGAAACCAAGUCCCGCACCCUCGUUGGGACUCUCCGCUAUGGACGCCGUACCCAUCACCAAGAAGUUGAUCGCCUUUGGCAGCAAGAAGAUCUACCUUCCCAAAUUCACAGUCGCCCUCGUACGGACACCCAAAUUUUCACCAUACCACGCCCGCUUUCUAGUCCCACUCGACUUCUCAAAAUACGACCUCCGUGACUACCUCUACCACGCCUACAACGUCAAAUGCUUCAACAUCCGAUCAUAUGUAAAACAAAUGCCAGUACGGGAUACGCGCGAACAGCCACGGCAUUGGUUCAGACCCGAGUCGCAGAAAUACAUGACGGUCGAGCUGGAAAAGCCUUUUGUGUGGCCCGAAACCCCUGACCUAAAACCGUGGGGUCAAGAAGAGAGGCAAAAAGAACUCAAGGACGCAGAGACUGCUAAUGGAGCCGGGGGCCCAAGCGAGGCAAGGAAGGCUGCGAGGACAUUACGAGAGCAAGUGAAAAAGCUACUGAACAAGGACGUGGUGCAGCCAGAUCCUGAAAUCGCAAAGAAACUGGCAGAAAGCUCACCACUCACUCUAGAGGAGCAAGAGAAAGAGGCGCUCAGGAAGCAGAAGAUGGAAGAGUUGGAGCGUAUGACAAGAGUAGAGGUGUGGGAAAAGCAGAGGACGGGAAAGGUGGUGGAGGGCGACGACCGCAACAAGUACGCGAUCAAGGCAUGAUGUCGGCCGUGAGCUAUGUAUAUAUGACUGUAUUGGAUGCAUUGGGAUGGA